AGUCCUUUGGCCUCAAGACCUUUUUGGUCCAGGCCUCCUUUUUCGGGAAGUCGGGGCCCCUUCCCAGGCACCACCCGCGACGGCAUCCUCGGCCCGCCCUCGAAGGCAGACCUCUGCAGGGGCGGCAUGUUGCAGCUGCCCGGGAGGUACUGCAGGGCGUACGUGAAGGGGGGCUGCUCCAGGGGCAGCCAGUGCCCGCUGCUGCACGGCCUGCACCUGACGGCGCCGCCCGCGUGGGAUUCCAGCGACGACACCAGCGACAAGGGCAGCGGCAGCGAGCACCAGACGUCGAGCUCCAGCAGCCGCAACUGGGCGGACAUGUCCGACGACCUGUGGACCGUCCAGCCAGCUCUGCCCACAGGCCAGCAUGCAGCCGAGCCCCCCCGUGCCCGGGCUGGCCCAGCUGGCGACGAGCUCCCGUCCUUCCGCGAGCGCCUCCCCAACUUCCCCGAGUUCCUCCCCCGCGAGGCCGGCGGCGCCCUGGCGUGCAGGGCCAGGGACGACGCGCACGGCCGCGACCGCCAGUCCAGGUCGGCCAUUCGGCGGAGGCAGCGGCAGCUGGGAGAGAAGUGGGCCGCGAUGCGGAGGCUCAACGACGCCACGUCUCAGCCAGCCUGGUAUGCGCUGGCCGGGAUGCCGCCGUGCCUGCCGCCCCCCCAGCACGCGCCGCGGACCGAGUCGAGCUCGCCUUCGAGGCCGCCAGCCCCUGCGACCUCGCCGAGGCGGGCGCGGCGCAAGAAGUGCCACGACGCUGACGACUCCGAUGACGGCGGCUCGGAUCCCGAGAACACGAAGGUCUCUUUAUGACAUCGGACAUCGGAGUCGUGCGCCCACGGAAACAAGCGUCUAGCCUGGGCGCUCUCGUUUGCCUAUGCCAGCGAAGCUGCCAGCCCUGGGUCUUCUAUGUAUCUCACUUCUCAUGCAUGCAUCCUUCUGAGUUUGGCGGCCAUACCUCACGGAACCUUCUGCCAAGUCGGGGACUGAUUAAAUCGACGUACAGAUUGCACAGGAGCGUCGAGCCCAAGGAGUGCCACGACGCUGAAGACUCCGAUGACGGCGGCUCGGAUCCCGAGAACACGAAGGUCUCUGUAUGACAUCGGACAUCGGAGUCGUGCGCCCACGGAAACAAGCGUCUAGCCUGGGCGCUUUCGUUUGCCUAUGCCAGCGAAGCUGCCAGCCCUGGGUCUUCUAUGUAUCUCACUUCUCAUGCAUGCAUCCUUCUGAGUUUGGCGGCCAUACCUCACGGAACCUUCUGCCAAGUCGGGGACUGAUUAGAUCGACGUACAGAUUGCACAGGGGCGUCGAGCCCAAUAUCUCCAGCGACUGGAGUGCACUUUUUUUCAUUGGGGCGCGACAGAUUUUUUUAUUGGGGCUCUACAGAUUGCCUCUUCGUCGCCCGAGACCGCUCAGCAAUCCACGCGGGGCUCGACGCCCCUCCAGCUUUCGCUACGGUAGGGGAGCGCUCGCCGAAGCACGGCGAUCGGGACCGACCGCUACAGGAGUCCCGAGACCCGGGAGGCUUCCUCUCGCUUCGCGGGGUGCACGUCCGGAGCACGUGCACAAUCGAGCCGGCGGAUCUGGCCAUCCAUGGCCAAGGGUUGCGAGACCUUGACCGUAGCUCCU